ACAAAUUAAACCAGCAUCAGUAUUUUAAUAUUUUGAAGUAUAGUAGUUGGACCCUUUUACAGUAGCCUAAACUCUUUUGGGGUUGCUAUACUAAAAGUCCAAGAUAGUCAUUGAAGAGUGUGAUAGUUUGAGUUUUACAAUUGUUUCACCUCAUGUCGAUCUCACAUGUUUCUGUAAAAUUAUAGUAUUGUCUCUCUGAACCCUCAUACAGUUAUCACCAAGUGCCAACUCUCUUUUGUUUUAAUCGCCUGAUUAGUAUCAUCAUCGAAUGAUAUAUACGACUUGAGUAACCUAACUAGUAAAUCGAAUUGACGAGACUAAUAUUUAGAAAUACGGAAAUAUCAAAUUCCUAGCAAAAAUAUAUUGUGUAUGCAUAUACCAAAGUAAUGUGAGGCUCAAGAAAGAGCAUCAACAGAAACAAUUCCACAUGACAUUCCCCCACAAAAACAUAAAGCUAUAGAACCCAAGGGUGUGAAGGAAAGUGAUAAAUGAAAAGCCAAAAGUUAGGUCUCGUGGCACACCACUCAUUUCCCUUAUCGAACAUUAAGCCAAACCGAGUUAGGCCAUCCGACGGUAAACACGUUACUUUCCCCCAAACCGAGCAAAUGUAAAAAGAGAGAAGAAAGAAACCUUGGAUCAGCAAAGCUUUAGCUGGAUCCAAGCAAUAACUCUUGUUUACUUCCAAUAUGGAACAAAAUUACACCAUCUAGCAUCAUAGCCCACAACCUCAGUACAGCCAUGUUGUGAAGGAAGGUGAUCGAGCAGCAGCAAUGGAGGGACUUCGUCUAUGUACAGAAUAAACAGAGCACUGGUUUGGGCUUCCUUUAACCCAAACCAGAGGAAGAAGAUGAAGUAGCUGCUACGGCGUCGUGUUUGCUUGUUGUCUUCACACAAGUGAAUGCGACGCCGUUCUGCCAAGUGACGUUGAGUGAGCAACGAUUAAGAAGACAGGAUUUACACUUGGCGCCUCUCCAUUGGUUGAUUUCAACAAUUAGUUUGUUACCGUUAGCUGAACAGUGUAUAGAUUAGCUUUGUACAGUUUGGUUUACUCUGCAGUUUUACCCCUUUCACUCUUGUAUAUAUAUGAAUGAAAGAUCGAAAAUGGAGGCAAAUUCGGCAUUUCCACAAACACAGCCGCUCUCAUUGUUUAUCCUUUCUCUUCUACCUCAUUCUGUAACCCUAAUUCCACCUAGGGUUUAUAGUUUUCUCAUGGUAUCAGAGCCUGGUUAGGCUUCUGAUCCUUCAUCCUUUCUCAUUCUCUAAACGCAUAGCUCUUCUACAACAAUGGCAGACGAUGAAUCUCAAGCAUCUGAAUCAAACAGAAACACUCAAACCCUCAUCAAUCGAUAUGAAGACCCUUAUUCAAACCCACUGUACUUGGCAACCAGUGACAAUUCCUUCCUUCCAGUCAUCGGAUUCAAGCUCAACGAUGACAAUUACCUCUUAUGGAGCGAGUCCAUGGAGGUUGCUCUUCGCACCAAGAACAAGUGGGGUUUCAUCAAUGGAACAGUACAGGUACCACCCAUCACUGAUCCUUCUUACAGCACUUGGGAUAGAUGCAAUGGAACUGUCCUGUGUUGGAUCAGGAAUUCUGUCUCUGAGGAUAUUGUUCCAAGCCUGAGAAAUAUCAGGUCAGCAGCUGAGGCUUGGGCUUAUCUCAGAUCUAAGUUCAGUCAAGGCGAUUCCGUGAGAAUUGCAAACUUGCAGGAGAAGGUUGAUCUUACCAAGCAGGGUAAUCAAACCGUUAGACAAUAUCACACCAACCUGAAGGUGUUGUGGGAUGAACAGGCUAGCUAUGAACCGAUCCCGAUUUGUGAAUGUGCUGCUAAAACUCAUGAAACUGUUAUUAUGUACCAAGACAGAAGGAAAGUUAUCAGGUUCUUGCUAGGUCUGAAUGAAACAUACCAACAAGCAAAAACCCAGAUGCUCAUGCUUGACCCUCUCCCAGACAUUGAUACUGUUUACAGAGCUGUGAUUCAACUUGAAAGACAGAUGAACACAGGAAAAGGGAAGUCCACCCAAGAUUCCAUUGCACUUGCAGCUGCAACUGGAAACCUUAACCAGCGAAGAGAAGAUAAGAGAGAUGCUGGGAGAGAAGGAAAGAAAGGGCAGGAGCUGUUUUGCAGGUAUUGCAAGAAAGACAAUCAUGUGAUUGAGGACUGUUACAGAUUAAAGAACAAAAGGAAAUUAGAGGGAGGAAACAGGAACUUUGCUGGUUCAGUUGAGGUAAACUCUGGUGAUGGAAACAAUUCUGCUGGAAGCAACACUCAAAGUCCAACAAGUCCAGUUUCUGAGAACAGAAACAGCCAGGAAGGACAAUCUAUCUGGUUCACUUCUGAUGAGAUUAGCAAGCUGAGGAAUCUGCUCCAGCAUCAAUCAGCCACACCACAGUUUGCUCAAUCCAACUCAGUCACUACUCGAUCCAGUGCUCCUGUUCCUCCUAGGCAUUCCAUUACAGGUAAAGUUUGUCUCUCGACAACUUUAGAAAAUCACAUAUCUGCAGUGUGGGUGCUUGAUACAGGAGCUAGUGACCAUAUUGUGUGCAAUGUGAAUUUGAUGCUUAGAUGCAAAGAGGUGUCUGACAUGUAUGUCACUCUACCAAAUGGACAAAGUGCCAAAGUUUCACACAUAGGAAUAGCUAAGAUUCCUUGUGGUAUUCUUAUCACCAAUGUCCUGUUAGUUCCAUCCUUUACUUACAACCUUAUCUCAGUUAGUCAGUUGACCAAGAAAACCCCAGUCUCACUAUUGUUUGAAUCCAACUUCUGUUGUAUCCAGGACCUAAUCUCACAACAGAAGAUUGGUUCAAUCCAAGUAGAUAGAGGGCUAUAUCUGCUGGGGAGUGGAGCUGGAGGAAACCAAAGAAACAAGCACCAAGCCUAUGGAGUUAAUACCAAUCAUGAGUCUGAUUUAUGGCAUUUAAGACUAGGGCAUUUGUCUCUCCCUAGACUCCAAACCAUACAGAAACAGAAUAGUUCAAUUACCUUUCCUUCUUCUUCUCAUUGUGAGAUAUGCAAUUUGUCCAAACAAAAGAGAUUACCAUUUCCCAGAAGCAAUUCAGUUUGUAAGGAACCAUUUGACAUGAUCCAUGUAGACAUAUGGGGGCCAGUUAAUGUGGUUUCUCAUGAUGGUUUUAAGUACUUUAUGACUGUUGUUGAUGAUCAUAGUAGAUCCACCUGGUUAUUCCUGAUGAGUAGCAAGUCUGAGGCAAGAGGAUUUCUACAAUCCUUCUGUGCAAUGGUUCAAACACAGUUUGAUAAGACCAUUAGAGUAGUCAGAUCAGACCAGGGACAAGAAUUCAACAUGCCUGAUUUUUACAAUCAACAUGGCAUGAUCCACCAGCUGAGCUGUGUUAGAACAGCACAACAAAAUGGUAGGGUUGAGAGGAAACAUCAGCAUCUGCUGAAUGUUGCUAGAUCUCUCAAAAUUCAAUCUGGAAUGCCUGUCAGUUUUUGGAGCCAUUUUGUGUUACAUGCUGCAUACCUUAUCAACAGGAUCCCUACUCCAAUCCUGUCCAACAAAUCACCCUUUGAAUGUUUGUAUGGCAUACCCCCAGAUUACAGUAAUUUGAAGGUGUUUGGAUGCAUGGCAUAUGCCACUGAUUUGAAUGAACACAAAGGAAAACUUGAUCCUAGAGCCAAAAGGGCAGCAUUUCUAGGAUAUCCAUACAACAUCAAAGGGUAUAGGCUGUUUGAUCUGGAAACUUUACAAGUAUUUGACAGCAGAGAUGUUGUCUUCAAUGAAAGCUGCUUUCCUUUCAAGCUCUCCCAACAAACCUCACCUAAUCCCUCCACUCAAACCUCUUCCUCUAUUCCCACACCUAAUGACUUCUAUGAAGAACCAUCUACACUUCCUAUACUGCCCACAGAUCAUAAUGUACAUGAGACUGUGGAUCCAGAUUAUGACCCUUCUUAUGCUUCAGAUUCAGAUAACUCUGAUGAAACACCAUUACCUUCACCUAUUCCCACUUCACCUGACCCAUCUCCACCAUUACCUCAACCUGCCAGUACACUUGAUGUUCCUAUAGCACUCAGAAAAGCCACUAGAGAAACCAAAAGACCCAGCCACCUUUCUGACUAUCAUGUCAGCUUACUCACUCACUCCACUCCUGAACAUGAUACUACCCUUCUAUACCCUCUUAGCCAAAGUGUCAGCUAUGACCAUCUUUCCCCAUCUCACAAACAUUUUUCCCUUUCCAUUUCUGUGGUGCCUGAACCACAGUCAUACAGCCAAGCCAUUAAAGACCCACGUUGGGAGAGAGCUAUCAUUGAAGAAUUGAGAGCCUUGAUUGAUAAUCAAACCUGGGUUAUUGUUGAACUUCCAUCUGGACACACAGCUGUUGGUUGCAAAUGGUUGUUCAAAACCAAGUAUCUUGCAGAUGGCACAGUGGAUAGAUUUAAAGCUCGUUUAGUCGCCAAAGGGUACACUCAGAUACCUGGCAUUGAUUUUGUGGAUACAUACUCACCUGUAGCCAAGAUGAACUCAGUUAAACUGCUUCUAGCAGUUGCAGCCAUUAAGGGCCGGUAUUUGCACCAGUUAGAUGUAAGUAAUGCAUUCUUACAUGGUGAUCUCGAAGAGGAUGUUUAUAUGGAACUACCUGAAGGUAUGAAGGAUCAGCCUGGCAUGAAGGGAAAGGUACUAAAAUUGCAGAAAUCCCUUUAUGGAUUAAAACAGGCAAGCAGACAAUGGUACAUUAAGCUUAGUGCUUGUUUACAGAACUUGGGUUUUGAGCUGUCUUUUGAUGACUAUUCAGUUUUCAAACUACAUUCAAAGGGGGCAACAGUGAUUGUCAUCAUCUAUGUAGAUGACAUUAUUGUUGCAGGAGAUGACCUUGAUCUCAUUCAGCAGACCAAACAGCAAUUACAGCAAGCCUUCAAAGUUAAAGACUUAGGCAAUUUGAAGUACUUUCUUGGAAUUGAAAUUGCCAGAUCAGCUGCUGGGAUUUCUCUAUGUCAACGUAAAUUCUGUCUUGAACUGCUCUCAGAAUCUGGUUUUCUUGAGUCCAAACCUGCCAAGACACCCCUGAGUAUGAAAACCACUCUCUCAGCUUCUGAUGGUAUCCCAUUAACAGAUGGAACAGAGUAUCGCCAUCUGUUGGGCCAACUCCAGUACCUCACUACAACCAGACCAGACAUCUGCUUCCCAGUACAGCAGCUCUGUCAAUUUCAGGGGGCCCCUACUACAGUCCAUCUUUCUGCUCUUCAUCGAGUUUUAAGGUAUCUGAAGAGCUGUCCCGCUCAAGGUCUCUGGUUUUCUUCAAGUUCAUCUACUCUGAUUCGAGGAUAUUGUGACUCAGAUUGGGCCACAUGUCCUGACUCUCGCAGAUCAGUCACAGGGUAUUGUACCUUUCUUGGGGACUCCCUUGUGACAUGGAAAAGUAAAAAACAGACCACUGUCUCACGCUCCUCCUCUGAAGCAGAAUACAGGGCAUUGGCUCAAUUAUCUUGUGAGGUUCAGUGGUUGAAAUCUCUAUUGCAUUUCUUUGGUCAAGAACAUCCUGAUCCAAUCAAGGUGUUCUGUGACAACUCUUCUGCCAUUCAUAUUGCAGAGAAUCCAAUCUUUCACGAGCGUACAAAGCAUAUUGAAGUUGAUUGCCAUGUGACUCGUGAAAGAUUGAAGUCAGGUCUCCUCACCCUACACCAUAUUCGAACAGAUAAUCAGCUGGCAGAUUUUUUCACAAAGGGGUUGUCAACUGAUCGUUUUGCUUCUCUACUUUGCAAGCUGGGAGUUCAUGAUAUGUACUCCGCAGCUUGAGGGGGCCUGUGAAGGAAGGUGAUCGAGCAGCAGCAAUGGAGGGACUUCGUCUAUGUACAGAAUAAACAGAGCACUGGUUUGGGCUUCCUUUAACCCAAACCAGAGGAAGAAGAUGAAGUAGCUGCUACGGCGUCGUGUUUGCUUGUUGUCUUCACACAAGUGAAUGCGACGCCGUUCUGCCAAGUGACGUUGAGUGAGCAACGAUUAAGAAGACAGGAUUUACACUUGGCGCCUCUCCAUUGGUUGAUUUCAACAAUUAGUUUGUUACCGUUAGCUGAACAGUGUAUAGAUUAGCUUUGUACAGUUUGGUUUACUCUGCAGUUUUACCCCUUUCACUCUUGUAUAUAUAUGAAUGAAAGAUCGAAAAUGGAGGCAAAUUCGGCAUUUCCACAAACACAGCCGCUCUCAUUGUUUAUCCUUUCUCUUCUACCUCAUUCUGUAACCCUAAUUCCACCUAGGGUUUAUAGUUUUCUCACAUGUCGAUCCGAGCAGAGCGAGUCGGUGAGUGACGCUUUCAUAUUGGCAAACCUAGGAGAGGCAUUCUCGAGUCACGAUCCGGUACUCAUCUGGGUCCCAAAUUAAUACAACAUUUAUAACUUUUUUAAAUUUUAUAUAUUCGAUCCAGUACUUAUCAGGUCACGAUCCAAUCCUCUGUGCCUCUUUUCGAAUUCGACUUAAUAUUUUUUUUUUUAAGAGAUAUCAUAUAUUAAUCCAAUCAAAAAGAUAGUUACAUCCUGGAAAGCAGCCAGGCCCUGAAAUCAAACAAACGAUACGCAAUCGGGUACAAAGAGAGGGCUUUUCUAGCUACCGAAUGAGCUACCCUAUUGUUUUCCCGACCUACAAACCGCACACUAAACUUCGGAUGAGCAUCAAAAUACUGACAAAUCUCUUUCAUAAUUGCCCCCAAGUGAUUGUCACGCGAAUCGACUUGAUAUUCCUAUUAUGUCUUGAAUCAAUAAUUGGGCUUUCAUAUGGAUGCAAAUGGAGCAGCAAAUGGGUCUCGCAUCAGAAAAUAAAUAUCUUCCCCUUCAUAUCUCAGUGAGUGCUGCUGCUGUGCAUCGUGUUGGAUCAUGUGGCCUUGGUUAUUGGCCACACAAUCAAUCAAGAGGCUGCUCAGAAAACCACUGUGCGAGUAUCAAUGCCGCGCCACGUGUCCAUCGUCCCGGCGGGCCAAAGGUUUCAUGGAAUAUCUGUUUUAGGACCUUUGGGCCGCGGCCUUUAUUCCUUUUCCCCGGCGCCGGAGAGCGUUGGACGGUGACGAGAUAGAAAGAAAAGGGUCCGAUCAGGUGGGCAAUGGUCCACCCUAAGCAAUUCGGGGUGGAUUAAAUGAACAAUUGGUUUGGUGAAAAACCACAAUCAUGCAACACUGCAUUAAUUGAUCAUGGGUUGGUUGAAGUUAAGGGGUUGACCAAAUGAGUCACAUUAUCACAAAAUAUAAACCGUUGAAAACCGUCUAUUGAUUUAAACUUCUGUAAGAAAAGAAAAAAAAAGUUCGGUCGAACCGCUAAUAUGGUACUGUUUCACAAGCAUCGAUGUUAAGAAUUAGGGCCAAACUAUUUUUAGCCAGUUGGGGUCCAGAUAUAUAAAGUGUAGUUCACAUGUGUUUGAUUUAAAUUCGUUUAUUUCCAACCCACCACACUUCUUAUUUAAGACUUUAACACGUAACCUCAAUGACAAACCAGUUAUGAUACGAUAUCAUAAACUAACUGGGUCCAAUAAACCGAUUUGUUGAAAAAUGACCAUAUACGAUAUUUAGCCACUUACUUACAAUAGAGAUUGGGGAUUUGACCACCCAUUAAAAUCAACUGCGAGAUGAAAAUUCUCAAAAUAUCGCGCUAAGAAAAUAUCACAAGACAU